AUGUCCAUGUGUCAAUGUGCCAGGAAGGCGGAGCUUGGCGAGCCACCACCCUCGUAUUCCUUGAUUUCUUCCAACAAGAACGCACCCUACGACGUCAGGAUUCGGCUAGCCGGCAGCAAGAUUUUUGAUCUACCUGCUUUUGUCUUACGGGUGACUGUACUACUGAAGAAUGUGAUGGCGGUUACAAAGACAACGACAAGAAUGAUACUGGGGCCCUCACUAGGACAUCUUGGAGGUAUGGUGGGCAGUAGACCGUGGAUAUCAAUUUUCAUAUCUUUGCUUAUCGGGAUUCUUUCCUUCACCUUAAUAUUUUUGAACCCGCCAAAGAAAAACUUUGGAUUCGAGAAUGGGUACACCACUUCCGAUGCCCCAUCAAUAAUGGAAAUGCGGGCUCAAAGAGAUUUCUUCACCGAUGGAAAAGAGGGAAACCCAUGGUAUCAAGCAUUAUUCGUCGAGCCACGAAAUAAAGAAGCGAGUAUGCAUACUGGAAAAGAAUAUAAUGAAAUGAAACGAUUCUACAAAACUAUUAAAAACGCUACUAUUCGAUAUGACGAAGAAUUAGGAAGAGAUAUUACUUAUUACGAUUUAUGUGGUUCUACCUGUGAACUAAACGAGCUGCUUUUCACGACUGUGGGAAUGUCAUUCUUCGGCUUGUCUUACCCAGUCACCUCCAUCUUCUCUUACCAAUCAAACAUUGGUAAACACUUCUACGAAGUAGAAGUUAACAAAGACGAAGACUUGUUGAGUGCCAAGAAAGCGUUGCUGGUGUUCAUGGCAUUUUAUCAGACUAGAGAAGUAAAAUCUGAUCUGACAUUAUAUGAAGAAGUUGUGCAGUACGCUGUGGAUGAGCAUAAUGCUAAUUUGAAUAAUUCAGUUAUUUUUACGCUUCAUGGAGAAAGAGGGAUGGCGAUAGCUGUGCAACAAGGAAUGCAGCACGGUUUCAAAUAUCUUGGAGCAGGAGUUUUUCUUUCAACUCUUGUUCUAUUCGGAGUCCUGUUAUUCUUCAGUCGCAUUUUCAGCCAAUUCACAUUCUGCAGAAUUGUUCUCCUCUGGAUUACUGCAAUGAUAGUACCAAUUCUAUCAUUCCUGACAUCAUUUGCAAUCUACAACUUCCUUGGUUAUUCCAUUACUCCACUCACAAUUUUUACCCCAUUCCUGGCCUUGAUUCAUGGUUAUUACACUGUCAUUAUGCUCACGCACACCUGGCUUAGCGAUUCGGAGCUGCGCAGGGAUUCGAGGGACGAGCACCUUUUGGAAGUCUUUGCUACCUGCAUGCCAUCAUUAGUGGUAACCGCUAGUCCUGCAAUUGCAUUCAUCGUUUGCUCUGUCCAUCCAAUCGCAAACUAUGCUUCGGUUUCAUUCUUGAUUGGUCUUAUCAUGGCUUUCACUAUUGUUUUUGCGAUAUUUUUCUUCUCCCCCGCAGUGCUGAUUAUCUGUCCAGCACAAGACUUUACUCCACUGCCAACUAACAGUAAGCAAGUGGUGAAGCCUACACUGAAAAAAGUGGAGAGUAUGAGAGAUUGUUACUGCGAGCACGUCGACAAAUGCAAAUAUGUCAAAUUUGUCACUAUUCUUGGAGUCGUGGCAUUAUUAGUUGUUCCAGUUUACAUUGGAAGUAUCACGGUAGAAGGAAACCUCGACUACAGACAACUACUGAAACCAGAAUCCCCCAAGAACUAUGGAGUGCAUUUAAUGAGUGAUGUAGUUUGGCCAACAUGGUUCUCAAUCAUGUUUUUUGUUAACAAACCACCAAAUUUCUCUAACCCAAAAGAAUAUGGAAGGUUUAAGAGCAUGAUGGCUGAAAUCGAGGCGAUUGAUCACAAGCUUCCACAAAGUACAGACAUGGUUUGGAUUAAUGACUUCUGCAGACAUACCAACGCACAUCCGAAUGAUGAUGCGCUUAACAUGACUCGAUUCAAAAGUUUCAUCGAAGAUGCUAUAUACAAAUCGUGGAGAGAUGGUGUAAAAUUUAAAUUUCAUAAUGACACCGAACCUGAAAUCACAAGCAUGUUGCACAUUGUUACCUUUGAAGGAACAAAAUCCCUUGCCGAUAAAGGCCGACUUUUUGAAAAAUGCAGAGCUGUGACCAACAAGUAUCCUGAAUUCAAAACUACACCCUUCGACACUGAAAUUGGAUUUGCUGAUAUAAUUCGACAAGCCCCAUGGGUAAUUGUAAUAAUUCCACUCUGUGCAUUUGGUGCAAUGUUCGUCGUUAGUGCCAUUAUCAUCGGAAACCUUUCGGUGGCAAUUCUCAAUUUCCUUGCUGUAUGCUUAUUGUAUGCAUCCACUGUCGGAGCGGUGGGGCUAUUCGGAGUCUCCAUCAACCCCUUCAAUGUUGCUUUCUACUUAGUCGCUGCUGCUUUGUCACCAAGCUUCACGACUCACUUUUGCUAUUAUUACCAACAGGCGAUGCGCAUUAACUCGAGUGCUGAAAAGAGAGAACGAAUGAACGAGAUGUUACGCAAGUGUUUCUUCCCAUGUAUUUCGAGUGUCAUCUGCUCCAUGGCAGUAUUCCUACCAGCUCUCAUCUGCCAUAUCAGUAUCUUCGAAACAGUUGCCUUCGCGAACACUGCAUUCUGCACUAUAGGAGUACUUCUUGCAUUUUUUAUUCAAGUCUUCCUUAACAUGAUCCCUGAUAUGUUGACGGGUACCCACUGGCUCUGGUCCCCAACUUCAAAAUAA